AUGGAAGUAGCUUGUACAAAGGAUGGAAUAUACAUGUCUCAAAGGAAAUACACCCUAGUCUUACUCCAAGAAACCAGAAUGCUUGGGUGUAAGGCUGCAAACACUCCUAUGGAAUCGAUAAGCAGAUGCUGCUCCGAAUUAAAUCCUCAAGCUAACAAAGAGAGAUACCAAAGUCUAGUUGGGAAAUUAAUCUACUUAACUCAUAUUCGUCUAGAUAUUGGAUUCAUCGUGAGCAUGACAAGUCGCUACAUGUCAAGUCCUACUGAAGCUCACAUGAAAGUUGUGAACAAGACUCUACAAUACCUUAAAGGUACACCGGGUAGAGGUCAUUUCAAGAAAAACUCAAAUAGGGAUAUUGAAGUAUACACUGACUCAGAUUGGGCUAGUUGUAUAUCAGACGAAAAUUCAACUACUGUUUAUUGCUCUUUUGUGGGGGGAAACAUGGUUUCUUGGAGAAGUAGUGCAGAAGCUGGAUUUGGGGUCAUGACACAACUGAAGAAGAUAUUGGAUGAAAUUAGAAUUCAAACCAAUUACAUCAUAAGUUUAUGUUGUAACAACAAAGCUGGCAUCGACAUUGCAAAGAAUCUAGUUCACCAUGAUAGAACCAAACACGUGGAAAUUGACUGA